ACUCACCCAACUCCUUGUUCCUUUGCUGCCAUCAGAGUGAUGGAUCCCAGCCUCAGCGGAGUUGAACUUCGGUCAGAUCCUCCAGCCAGGUUGAACUGAGGUGACAGAGAUGGUCAUGGCCCCAAGGGGACCCCGCCUCACGCUCCUGCUGCCCCUCAUCCUGCUGGCUGCCACCCUCGCCCAGCUCAGCGAAGGUGCCAGCUACCGGCAGUUUGUGAGACAACACGUUAACCACCCCAAGACCGGAGCGCCCAAUGACAGGAUCUACUGCAACCUCCUGAUGCAGCGACGGGGCCUGACCCGCCCCCGAUGCAAACCCACCAACACCUUCAUCCACGCCCCCACCAGCCAGCUCCGAAACAUCUGUGGCAGGGGAGGGAGACCCGUUAGUGGCAACCUCCGCGACAGCAUCAGAUCAUUCAGCGUCACCACGUGCCGGGUGCUGCCUGGCUCCCAACCAGGGCGUUGUAGAUACAGAGCUGCAACUGGAGUCACCAGAGUCCGCGUGGCCUGUGUCCGGCAGCUGCCCGUGCACUUGGAGCCAACAUAUCUGCCAUGAGCAGGGAGCAGGGGAUCCCCCUGCUGUCCCCCACCCCUCCUUCACUCAUAGGCAGCCCUCUUUCAUUGGGGGCUCUCCUGCCCUGUCCCUGCCCCUCUUCGGCAGUGCCUGCCCCGAGUCUCCACUGGGACAUUCAGCCUCUCCCCCCUAUUCCAUGGGUCAGCAGCUUGGGACCUGCAGGGUGAUUUCCAAUUCUGGGUGCCCAGUUCCCAUUCACACAAGUGAAAAUCUGGUUGCCCAGCCCCCCUGGCUGGCACUGAGACCCUCAGACUGAGCCCCAGCGCCUGCCUCGCUGGGCAGGAUUCAAACACAGCUGGUCUGGACUUGGGCUGGGCUGCCCGAGCCACCAGGAGGGGAAGAUGCCAAGCGGCUCUGAAACCUCAGACUGAUUUGGUUCGGGUGCCCUAUUUUAGUCUCCCAGGAUAGAUCAAAAUUCCCAUGAACCCCUUGAUGGCCUCCCCUUCGCCAUCCGCCACUCCCUGCUGCCCCUAGUGCCCAUUAUACAGUAUAGCCGCCCCUUCCCCACCCCCACCCUCUGC